AUGGAGGAUCAAAAGCAGACGAGUUUCACUUUUGAGAUAGAUAACUUCUUCGAUAACGAAGGGUUGUUAAUGUUUAUCCCAAAGGAGAUCUUGAUGAUGAUCACUUGUCAGUUGUCACUGUACCUCUAUGUCGCGAAUCCUGAAUCAUUGAGACUUGGAUGGAAAAGGCGAGCUAGUUUUUCCUUCGUUCUGUUGAAUGAAUCGGGCAAAGAGCUAUUCAAAAAACCUGAAAUUUUGUUCAACUUUUUUAACGCUGAGGUCACAGGAUGGGGUUAUACAAAGGCUUUGCCUCUUAAAGAGCUUAAGAAAAAAGGGCUUUUAGAGAAGAAAAAAAUUAUCGUUAAGGUGGAAGUAAAAGUUGUUGAAGUUAUUGAUGGUGGACAUGUAACUGGAAAGGAUACAUUAGAUGUUAGUGGUUUCCAAGUCCUUUAUUCUCAGGCUAUUAGAGUGAGUAAGCUUUUCGUGAAGCACCCGGACAUGGCAGUAAAUUUCAGACUAACGAAUCAGUUGGUGAGGACAACCUACAUAAAUAUCCUCCUCGGUCUCAUUGAGACACUGGAAAAGCCGCCACAUAGCAUCUCCGAGACUGAGCUAGGAAACGCUCGCAGUGAGUUAAACGAUCUAACACAAGCAGGAUUCAAGCUAGAAUGGUUGAAGACAAAGAUUGAUGAGGUUUCCUUGAAGAGGAAGGUAUCAAAUGCUCCCAAUGAUACUAGAGUCCAAGAACUUGAGGAAGACAUCAAGAAUAUCAAAGAUGAACUGAACAAGGAGAAGGUCAAAUUUCUGUCCUUGGAGCAAACAGUGUCAGAUCUUAGAGAUGAAGUGUGGGAUUUUAAAGAUGAGCUGAACAAGAAGAGGAAAUUAAACCCUCAAUAA